GCGCUUCCUUUCCGGGCAUGGACGGUGGCCGGGUCGGGCUCCAGCCGGCGUCGGGCGGCGGCGGGUGGGUCGUGGUGGAGGCCCGGCUGCAGGGUGGAGCACCGUGGGGAUUCACCCUUCAGGGCGGCCUGGAGCACGGAGAACCGCUCAUCAUCUCCAAGGUUGAACACGGCGGUAAGGCGGACAGUUUGAAGCGCCCCCUGCAGGUGGGGGAUGAGAUUAUCAUGAUAAAUGACAUCGAGCUGACUGGAUAUCGACAUGAGGCAAUCGCUCUGGUCAAAGGAUCGUACAAGACUCUGCACAUCACCGUCCGCAGGGAUUGCAUGGAGGAAUGUGGGUCUUCACCUCCCUCACAUCCUACUUCAUACCCCGCUCCUUCGCCUCCUUCGCCGCCACUGCAUCCAAAACAACAAACACAAACGGACUACAGCAGCCCAAGCUCAACAGGGGGAGUCCAGCUGCGCAUCAGGAACAGACGUAACGAGGCUGCCUCUCGUCCUCACUCCUGGCAUUCAACCAAGCUCGAUGUAGGUCAGCGGGACUCGGACCAUGAAGCAGCAGACACUUUGAGUAGUGCCUGGCCCCACAACUACCACUCAAGUGCCUCCACCACAGACCUCGCAGGUGAUUUUGACUCUGACGGCAGCUGCCUGAGGAAGAGUCCGGACCAAUACAGCUCAAGAGGCAGCAUGGAGAGCCUGGAUCCUCCUCAGCCGGCACACCUCCAGCACCACCACACACUCGGCUAUCCCCCUCACAGCGGACCACACCCUGCCUACUCCUCCUGCCAACAACUCUCCUCUGCCAGGUCGUCCAACAGCAUCGAUCACCUCCACAGCAAGCGAGACUCCGCAUACUCCUCCUUCUCCACCAGCUCCAGUAUCCCAGAGUACCUUGCUUCCGCUCCGACCCUCAGUGCCGAGCGUUCCUAUUCUCUGGAGACCGUCCCUCAGAAAGGAGGAAGCGGAGAGAUGCAACACGCUGACAUUCAUUGUGUCCGGACGGUCUACAACGCCCAGCAGGAACUCGCUCAAGAGCAGAAACUGAGCUCCGCGUCGACGUCGUCGCUACGCAACAGUGACCCCAGAAUCGCAGGAAUGGAAAAGGGAGGUCAAAGCCGAGAUCUGCAAGGUGGUGGACUCUGUUACCGUGGCAGCACCAGUGGUCGGCUCAGCGGCGCACCAGCUGCGAACAGGCACAGCGUAGGUCCGGUUUGGCCGCCUGGGACCAGUCACAGCUCCUACGAGAACCUAAGAGGGGUACCUGCUCCGCCGAGACGCAGCGACAGCUACGUAGCUAUCAAGAACCACGAGAGACCCAACUCUUGGUCCAGUGUUGAGCAUUCCCGCUCAGCUAAUAGGUCCCUGCAGAAAAGUCCCUGGCAUCACUCCAGUGGCCCUGUGGCAGCGAAAGGCUCGUACAUGACAGAGGACAGAGAGCUGCAUACAGUCAUAGAAAAGAGCCCAGAAAGCAGCCCCACCACAAAGCCCAGGCAGGGCUUUCCCCCACCAGGUGCACCUUCUGGACCCCCCACAGGGCCUUUGAGCGCGGAUCCCCAGUUGGGACGCCUCGUUGUGCCCGCAGGAGUUUCCCUUAUACCCCAAGUGGAGUCACACUAUGCACAGAUACCCGGUUCAAGCCCCACGUCACCCACAUCUGGAGUUUACAGCGUUCUGGCCAAAGACAGCAACCGAAAGGAAGGUCUGCAUAAUGUCAGAGGACAGGAAGAAGAAGCCACAGAGAAUUGGAGGUAAGGAAUGCAAAAAUCAAACAAAAAUGGAGACCAAUUCCAUGCUAUGUCCUGUGCCCUUACACCCCCUUCUUCAACAGCUGCUGGAACACAUAUCAAAAUACACAACCAGCAGGAGGACAAUCAUUUUGGCACAACAGCCCCCUUAUGCAGCAGGAGGUCUGAGAGCCAACUGGGGUCUUCCUCCUCUCACAGUCCCCACCGCCUACAAGGUCACUCUAAUCAAGGACCCCUGAACCAAAUGUCGCAGCCACAAGAUUUCUUCAGCUCUCAAACUCAUUCGCCUCCUGUUCUUGGGGCCCAGACCUGCCAAGAGUGGAGGGACCCCUACACACCGGUGCAGUCCGAGGGUCUCACCUUCCAUAUUUUCCUCAAUCACAGAACAACAGACCAAUAUGAAGUUCAUCAGGAGCCAUUGACUAACACCAGAGUGGCCCAGGGACAAGUGGCGCCGUCCCCUUCACUACUCCAACCUCAGCAUCAGCACCCCUCCUCCUCCUCCCAGACACCUUCUCGUCACUACAGCGACUCUGCGGUUAUUCAUUACCAACACAGGGAUCAAAGCGAGCAGCAAAGAGACAAAGAGCACCCACUGACCCGUCUGGAGAACGCCCUCGUGGAGGUCCAACAAAGCACCGGCCCUGGCUGUGUCGUCUCCGCCGGUAGCCAUGACAACGGCACAUCGGGUGACGGCAUCCAGGGGCCCUCUCAUCUCUCGGUGCUGGAGAGGGUCAGCCGCUUUGAGCACCGCGAGCGUGCAGGAAAGCAACGCAGCUAUAGCAUCACUCAUGGCCACAAGACCUCUCAUUGGAUGACUGACAAAGCCCACAUUGCCCACUGUGGAGCAGAGGACCUCAGAAGCAUGCUCGAAAGAAGCAAUAAAGGCAGCAAGCCCCAUAGAACUAAGAGUUACGGAGGAAGCAGCGUCAGCUACAAGAAAGACAGGGCCACACCUGAUCCCACUGCAGCCUUAGAAAGGAGCCUAAGCACCCUUCAUCUGAACGAAAGCCGGGGAGAAAAUGACCACAAAAUCUCUUGGACACAAGAUACUCAGAACAUGCUGGGAUCUUAUCGGGACGCAUCCUUUCAAAGAUCUUACAGGGACUCAAUGAAAGAUGCGCAGUCCAAGGUCCUCCGUUCCACGUCGCUGAGACACAAUUUCUCCCCCAAUCGUCUCUCCGAGAAGAAAGGCCCUAAAACUAUGCCAAAGCCAGACAUAGUCAUCUCCCCAUCCCCUCACACUCCAAAGGAGCGCCACGUAGUCGGGCCGGAGACCAGAGGGCCGAGUCCCCCGGCCUUGCCCAGCGUGCCCCCGGUUGGACCUCCUGCUGCCGUGCUGCAAAUCUGCAGACGCAGACGUCUUACCGCCGAUCAGAAGAAACGUUCCAAGUCCGAGAACAACAUGAACGAGGUCGGGAUUUUCGAUUCGGAGACAUCUUCUUUCUUCAAGGUUGGAGGAGAGAUGAGCGUGGCGGACCGACGGAAGAUGUUUGAGCUCGGCUUUUCCAGCAACGCCAUAUCAAGGCCCGAUUUACGUCAGCUUCAGCAUGACGCACUGGCUCAGUACGUGCAGAGGAAGAGGAGUGCAAAGACAGAGGAAGCCAGACAGAGGGUUGGUCCAAGGCCUCUCAAUGCGUACCUGCAGUUGGACAACUCCUACCUUUCAGACACCAUCAGCCUCUCAUCCACGUCCAGUCUGCUCUCUCUCCAGGAUCCUAACCCCAGCCAAAGUAUUUUCUCAAGUGAGCGGCCUCACCUAUCUUCUUCCCCUUCAGCUGACGUGAGAAACCUUCCGCCUAACUUCCACCACCCAGGCAGGGCAGCCACCCCGAGGCCGCCAUUACACCCAUUCCCAAGCGGCGACUCUCCGCCUGAGCACCACACCUCCACCACGCACCUCCCUCAUAACUUCAUCUCGGGGGCGGACGCCGGCAGACACGGUCCGUUUGCAGGUGAAAACUCACCACGACAGAAAGCGGAGCCUCAGCAGGACUCAGGAGGGCCCAAGCAGCAGAGUUCAACAUUGCGGAGUUCGAGAAAAUCGGCCUCUGUCGAGGAUCUUUUGGAGCGAUCGGAAGAAAAACAUCCUCAUGCCUCUCGAUCCCGCUCAUCAACCACUGUGGAAAUGCUGAAGCAGGACAUACCGUCAGAGAACCUGAAGAUGUUUGAUGCCGCCAUCGCUGAACCUGUGCACGGCACCAAGACUGCGGACAGAGUUGCAGACUACAAGCUGCAAAAAGGACUUUCCUCUCCUCCUCCAUCACAGAACGGUGCUGCUGGAUCUUUUCCAGAUGCAACCUCCUCCCACACUCCUGCGUCGAUGCGGCACAGACGUCAGAAGUACACGGACCGUCAGCGAGCUCAUAGCACCCCUUCUCUAGCAGCCUCCGUGGGACUUCCUUGUCCACUCACCUGCCCGGACAGAGGCGGGGCUGAGUGGCCCGCUCACCAGGGUCUGAUCCAAGCCCACCUGGAUGCUGCUACCUUUCCAGACGUCCCUCAAAGCAGCAUACCUGGUGAAGCAAUUAUCGACAAACCUAGAGGACACAGUUUAAGUGACGGCACUACGAAGGACGCUCAAAGUGAAAUAGCUUUUAGUUUAGACAGAAGAGGAGAAUGUCUUCAAGAAGACGACAAACAGGUCUCAUCGUCGCUGCUCCAUUUCCCGUUCGACCCCACAACGGAGAGGAAGCAAAGUGAAAAUACGGAGUCUCCGUCCUCUCAGCUAUCCAUCCACUUGUCCGGCCAGCAACCAACAUUAUUCCUCUGCAACGAGGACUUAGACGAUGUCUUUCUCCAAAAUCCUGGCCCUCCGUCUCUGCCGCCUUCUAUCAGAGAGACUGACAUCAUGGAGGACUUCCCUCCUCCUACUCCUGACCCUAUCCUUCAGUUGAACAACAUCUCUUUGCAGACUGCCGAAAGCCUUCUUCCAUCUUUGAAAGUGCAGUCGUCAACCCUCACGUCCACCACUACGUCGAGUAUUUCUAGCCUGGACAUGGACAGUUUUGACCUCGAGUACGAGCCUCUGCUCAAGAGGGAAAAGACGCCAGAGGAGCAUCGCGUGGAAGCGUUGUCACGCCAACUGGUGUUACAGGAUCGAUCGCUGGCAUCAAUCUUUGAAAGAAAGGAGGGUAAAUCGACCGUAGAGCUUGUGGAAGUCGUCUUUCAAAACAGCAGACCGGGCGCGAACAUGUUAUGGCAAGCCAGCAACAAUAAUGACAGGAUGGAGGAUGGUUUCACCACAGAAAUGGAUCAAAGUACAGGAAUAGAUGAAGAUGGGAAUGACCUCAACAGCAAUAAGGCGGAGUUGUGUGAGGCUCUCAGGUGCAGCGUGCUGACUCUGCGUCGAGACAAGGACGCUCUGUGUGAGGAGCAGCGGCGUCACCAGGCACUCGGUGCAAACCUUGACUCUCUGGUGCAAAAACUAUGCAAGGUCAAUGAGAGGGACAAGUACAGCAUGUUCAUCGGAGAUCUGGAGAAGAUCAUGAACCUGCUGCUGUCUCUGUGUAGCAGGCUGGCAAGGAUCGACAAGUCCCUGCUUGCUCUGGAGGAGCUCAAACAAGAGGACUGUACAGAGCAGAGGGACUCCCUCCACCACAAACGCUCCCUGCUCCUCCGUCAAACAGAGGACGCUUGGGAACUGAAGGAAAACCUAGACCGGCGGCAGCGCGUCGUUCACGCCAUCUUGUUAGGCUACCUCACUCAACCCCAACUCCAAGACUACCGACACUUUGUGAGCACCAAACCCUCCCUUCUGAUUCGCCAGAGGAACCUCGAUGACCUCAUAAGUCAACGGGAGGAGCAGCUGACCAAGCUGGCGGAGACCCUCCCGCGGGAGUUGGCGGCGACGUGGGAUCAGGGCCGGUCGGACGGAACUUCGCGUUUAUCCCUGAACCCCGCCCCCUUCCCACAGCUGACUUCUGACCCCUCCCACUCAGUCAGGCCCACCACAGUGACAUCGCUGUGACGUCACGUCUCAUUGGCGGUGAAGGACCGGAGAAGAAGCUGCUCGCUGAAUCUAUGCAUAUGUCACACAUAAAUCCCCUAACACUAAAAUGUGCCUCGUUUUAUUCACACCUGACUGAAUCUUUCACCACAACAUCAACAACCAGCUUUGACAAGGUCCUCCAGGCUGCAAGAGCAAGAGCACGGGUGAGUUCACGGUCAAAACACAACUAAAGCCGCUUAUGUCGACCAACUCAUCAAGUUCACCGUGUUCUUAUGUUACUCAGAAGUGCCCGCUUAAAGGCCUACUGAAAUGAGAUUUUCUUAUUUAAACGGGGAUAGGAGGUCCAUUCUAUGUGUCAUACUUGAUCAUUUCACGAUAUUGCCGUAUUUUUGCUGAAAGGAUUUAGCAGAGAACAUCGACGAUAAAGUUCGCAACAAUUGGUCGCUAAUAGAAAAGCCCUGCCUUUACCGGAAGUAUGUGCGCGUGACGUCACGAGUUGCAGGGCUCCACACAUAUUUACAUUGUUUAUGAAGGGAGCCACCAGCAGUAAGAGCAAUUCGGACCGAGAAAGCGACAAUUUCCCCAUUAAUUUGAGCGAGGAUGAAAGAUUUGUGAAUUAGGAUAUUGAUAGUGAAGGACUAGAAGUGUGAGCGUUUCAGAUGUAAUUAGACACAUUUACUUGGAUAAUUUUGGAAGAUCCCUUAUCUGCUUAUUGUUUUAAUAGUGUUUUAGUGAGAUUUUAAAGAUUGUAAAGGCAUACCUCGAGGUCGGAUGGCUGCGGUGAACACGCAGUGUCUCAGAGAGGAGCCGAGGAGCAAAGCUCACAGCUGCCUUUUUUGGCAGCUGCAGCAGGACGACGAAUAAUCCACUGAUGUCUCCGGUAAGAUAUAUAUCACAAUUUCCCCAUCUAAAAACAUGCUGGUUGACGUAGAGAAAACAUGUUCGCUUGACCGCUCGGCUUCACAACAAACAAAGAAACACCGGCUGUGUCUCGGUGCUAAAGACAGCUGAAAUCCACCGCUUUCCACCAACAGCAUUGUUCUUUAUAGUCUCCACUAUUAAAUGAACAAAUUGCAAAAGAUUCAGCAACACAGAUGUUCAAAAGCAGACGACUUUUAGCCGCGAGUGGUGCAGCUGCUAAUAUUUCCUGACAGUCCGUGACGUCACACGUAGGCGUCAUCAUUCCGCGACGUUUUCAACAAGAAACUCGCGGGAAUUUUAAAAUUGCAAUUUAGCAAACUAAAAAGGCCGUACUGGCAUGUGUUCCAAUGUUAAUAUUUCAUCAUUGAUAUAUAAACUAUCAGACUGCGUGGUCGGUAGUAGUGGGUUUCAGUAGGCCUUUAAGUCGACAUACCAGUCGACUGCUUUUCUCAACGUGAAAUUUGCAGCACGAAAAGGGUAAUUUCCAUUUUUUACGUUGUUUAUGUUGUAGUAUUUUUCCUCGCAAGUGCCGUGCGUAAGGUCCGUGAUCUGUAGGGGGGGCCAGUUUUGCGCGAAUAAGCGUUUGGAAAAUGUUUUUUUUCGUACCACAAUCAUAUCCGUAGCCCCUUCCUGCUCCGUCACUAGAGGUGGGAAUCUUUGGUCACCUCAUGAUUACGAUUCAGGAGCUACGAUUCCAUUAAGGCAUCUUUAAUUUAUGUAUAUUGAUACAGUUUUACAUUUCUUUUUGUUUCACUGAAUAAGCGUUUUUUACUUGCAACUUUAAAAAAAAAUUAAUUUGGAAUACGAAACAGUUAAAUAAAGUCCCACCUUUAUUAAAUCCAUUAAAAUGUGUGCAAAACUGAACCAUACGUGCACGAUAGCAUAGGAUAGGGGUCGGGAACCUUUUUGGUUUAGAGAGCCAUAAAAAGCUAAAUAUUUUAAAAUCGAUUUCUGUGAGAGCCUUUGCGUGCUGGCCCGGUCACAUAUCUACGGAUUUUCAUGCACACACAAGUGAAUGCAAGUCAUACUUGGUCAACAGCCAUACAGGUCACACUGAGGGUGGUCGUAUACACAACUUUAACACUGUUACAAAUAUGCGUCACACUGUGAACCCACACCAAACAAAAAUGACAAACACAUUUCGGGAGAACAUCCACACCGUAACACAAUUCCAAGUUGCUGUUUUUAAGCAUGUUAAAAAAAAUAUUGCACUUUGUGAUUUCAAUAAUAAAUAUGGCAGUGCCAUGCUGGCAUUUUUUUCCAUUA